AUGGGUUGCGUCGCUAAUAAGCAAAAUAAAGGUAUUUAAGCAAUAUACAGAGAAAAGACAUGACAGAUAAUCCAUUUUUUGUAGGGCCUUCCUUAUUCAUUAAUUUAAAGGGUGGAGAUCUUUUAAAACAUUAUAGAAUAGAGAAACCUCUUGGGAAAGGUAUUAAUCUUCUAAUGAAAAUAGGUGCUUAAGGUGAAGUUAAUUUAGUUGUUCAUUUAAUGAGUGAACAAAAAAGAGCAAUGAAAAAGAUUAUAAAAUCUCAAAAAAUAAAUGAAAAACUUAUUGCAAAUGAAUGUUAAAUUAUGAUGUAUUUUGACCAUCCAAAUAUUGUGAAAAUAUAUGAACUGUUUCAGGAUAGCUAAUAUUUUUAUAUAGUUUAUGAAUAUUUAAGUGGUGGAGAGUUACUUGACUUAAUAAAUAAGAAAAAGGAAUUAAAAGAGCAAUAAAUUGCAAAUUAUAUCAAAUAAGUAUUGGAAGCAUUAAAUCAUUGUCACACUUGUGGCAUUGUUCAUAAGUAAUUUAAAUGUAUUAUGGAAUCUUAGAGAUGUUAAACCAUAAAAUAUAUUAUUGGAAUCUGAAGAACCAGAUGCUUAAAUUAAAUUAAUUGAUUUUGGAGCAGCUAAACCUAUUGAACAAGAAGAUAUAGAUAUAGUUGGAACUGUAAUUAAAAUCGAUAAAUAUUAGCCAUUUUAUAUCUCACCAGAGACAAUUUUAGAUAAUUCAAAUGAAAAAAGUGAUGUAUGGUCUUGUGGAAUCAUGACUUUAUAAUUUUUGACUGGAAAAUUGCCAUAUAAAGAAGAAAAGGAUCCUUAAAGAAUAUGUGAUAUGAUUAAAGGAAAUGAAAUUGAUUAUAGCCGUAUCUCAUUUAUCUAUAAAUUAAUUAGUCAUUGAUAAGGUUACAACUAAUAAGGCUAAAGCUUUUAUAAGAAAAAUGCUAAUUUUUGAUCUAAAUAAUAGAUAUACAGUAGAAUAAGCACUUUUAGAUCCUUGGAUUUAAGAUAAUAAAAAUAAUGCUUCAAUUGACAAAAAGGUUUUAGAUAAUUUAAAAUAAUUUCAUGUAUAUAUUGAUAUCAUCAAUUAUAGAGUUGUAGUAAAUUACAAUAAGCAAUUUUAUAAUUAAUUGCAUCUACAAUGAUGAAUAAUUAGGAUAAACAAAAAUUAAUUUAAUAGUUUAAAUCUAUGGAUAGAAAUGGAGAUGGAAAACUAUCGCAUUAAGAAUUGAAAGCAGGAUAUAUGUAAAUAUAUAAGGAUGAAUUGAAAUCAGAAUAAAUAGUCUAAGAAAUAUUAAAAAAAGGAGAUUUUAAUCAUUCAGAUACUUUAGAGUAUUCAGAAUUCUUAGUAGCAGCAUCAUAAUAUAAUUAAUUAGUAGAAAAGGAAAAGAUUGAAAAAGUAUUUAAAUUAUUUGAUUAAGUAAUAUCUAUAUAAUAUAAUAAAUAGGAUGGAAAUGGAUAAAUAACAAUAGCAGAAUUAAAAAAAGUUAUGGCAGGAGCAGGAGAAAAAAGUACUUAAUGGAAAGAAUUAAUAAAAGAUUUUGAUUAAAAUGGAGAUGGUUAAAUAUCUCAUUAAGAAUUUAUUGAUACUUUAAUAAAAAAAAUUUCUGAUAAUUAAUGA